AUGAGGUUGUGGUCUCUCCUUCUUCUUCUUGUUUGCUUGCCUACGCUGAUCCUGUCGGAAGAUUACUCCGACGUAACCGUCAUCGUACGGGGCUCCAAGACGAUCGCUGCGACCAGUGAUGAGUUUAUUUGCGCUACCCUUGAUUGGUGGCCUCCGGAGAAGUGCAACUAUGAUCAGUGCCCAUGGGGAAAGGCUUCUAUCUUGAAUAUGGACUUGACUAAUCCGUUGCUAGCUAAAGCUAUCCAGGCUUUUAGCCCACUACGCAUCAGAGUCGGAGGCUCCUUACAAGAUCAAGUGGUAUAUGAAACACCAAAUUUAGGAUCUCCAUGCAGACCAUUUACAAAGGCUUCAAGUGGCUUGUUUGGAUUUUCUAAAGGAUGCAUAACCAUGGAAAGAUGGGAUGCAAUGAAUGAUCUGUUCCUCAAUACAGGUGCAGUUAUUACUUUUGGUCUUAAUGCACUUCGAGGGCGAAAGCAGAUACGUAAAGGUGUUUGGGGAGGUGCUUGGAAUUCAAGCAAUGCCCAGGAGUUUAUGGAAUAUACUGUUUCAAUGAACUAUCCUAUUGAUUCAUGGGAAUUUGGUAAUACAUUGUCAAACCCAAAACUAUAUUUGCUGCUCGCAAAGCAAGGAACAUCUUUCAUGUGUGCAAAGCGCUAUAUAAGUAACUACGCUCAUUCACUAGGUAAUGAACUGAGUGGAAGUGGAAUCGGUGCAAGCGUGGGAGCUGAACAAUACGGAAAAGACCUGGUUGCACUUCAAAAGAUCGUCAAUCAGUUAUAUGAAAACUCUAGCAAACCAUUGGUGCUAGCCCCAGGAGGAUUCUAUGACAAACAAUGGUUUGCUAUGCUCCUUGACGUCUCUGGGCCAAAUGUUGUCAGAGGAAUGACUCACCAUAUUUACAAUCUUGGUGCUGGUAAUGAUCCACAUGUGGCCAAUAGAAUCUUGGACCCGCAGCAUUUAAGCAGGGUUUCAGACACAUUCAGAGAUCUCCAGCUCACGAUACAACGACAUGGACCAUGGUCGGCUCCGUGGGUCGGGGAAGCUGGCGGAGCAUAUAACAGCGGCAGCCGUACCGUUUCCAAUACUUUCCUGGAUAGCUUCUGGUAUCUUGAUCAACUUGGUCAGUCAGCAAAGUAUGACACCAAGGUCUACUGCAGACAGACUUUAAUUGGAGGCAACUAUGGCCUCCUCGACACCGAUACUUACGUGCCGAACCCUGAUUACUACAGUGCCUUGUUGUGGCAUCGACUAAUGGGGAAUGGAGUUCUUUCCAUAGACUUCGGCGGUACUUCAUACUUGCGUGCCUAUGCGCAUUGCGGGAAGCAGAAGGGCGGUAUCGCUCUCCUCUUGAUCAACCUGAGCCAAAACAUGGGGUCCAUGGUCACCGUCAGGAAUGACCUCAAUGUCGGCCUAGCGCAAGGGCAGGGGAUAACAAGGGACAGCUCCUUUGUUCAUGGCCUGAAGAGGACGGUCUCCUGGGUCGGGAGCAAAGCCUCCGAUGGGCUGGAGAAGAGGGAAGAGUACCACCUGACAGCUCAAGACGGGAACCGUUUUGCGCGCACCAUGCUGCUGAAUGGAGUUCCUCUGGAGCUCACUGAAGAUGGUGACAUCCCUCCGAUGUACCCGGUGCAAGUUUCUGCCAGUUCACCUAUCUAUGUCGCGCCGCUGUCCAUCGCCUUCGUCGUCUUCCCAGAUUUUGAGGCUGAUGCUUGCUAG